ACUGUUAGCCGUGCCAGGCCAGAGAGGCAGAAUCCCGACAUCAUCGAUCACCAUUGGGCAGGUGGAGCAGUGCACGCAGCAGCCGUGUGUUAGCUUAGCUUAUCUUAGCAUAGCGGGAUGAUUGGUCUAAUUUACAGAUAACCUGCAGCCACACCAACAUGACGGACUACUCGGAGGAGCAGAGGAAUGAACUGGAGGCGAUAGAGUCCAUCUACCCGGACUCUUUCACAGUUCUUUCAGAUGAGCCCACCAGCUUCACCAUCACCGUGACAUCGGACGCAGCGGAAAACGGGGAAACCGUGGAAGCGACCUUAAAGUUCACAUAUGUGGAGAAAUACCCAGACGAGGCUCCGCUGUGGGAGAUCCACUCGCAGGAGAACCUGGAGGACAGCGACGCCGAGGACAUCCUCACCUUACUGCAGCAGCAGGCAGACGAAAACCUGGGCAUGGUGAUGAUCUUCACCCUGGUGACGGCCGUCCAGGAGAAACUCAACGAAAUGGUGGACGUGAAGAAAAACCGACGGGAGGAGGAGGCGCGGCGGAAAGAGGCCGAGGCCGAGGAAGCAGAGAAGGUGUUGUUUCAAGGCACAGUGGUAACCAUUGAAAACUUCCUGGCGUGGAAAGCCAAGUUUGAACUGGAGAUGGCCGAGCUGAGGAGGAAACGACAGAAAGAAGAGGAGCAGGCAGGGAAACCCAAACUCACCGGUAAACAGCUGUUUGAGACCGACCACAACCUGGACACCUCUGACAUCCAGUUCCUUGAAGACACUGGAAACAACGUUGAAGUGGACGAGUCCCUGUUCCAGGACAUUGAGGACUUGGACUUGGAUGAGGACGACCCUGACUUUGACCCUUUAGAGAUGGGGAGCGAUGAGGACUAAAGCAGGACUGCUGGGGGACGGACAGCACCGUCUCUGGAGUCCGAUCGAGCAGACCCAGUUCCUUUUCAAAGACUCUGACAGCAGUUGGAGAGGGAAACUUCAUAAAAAAAAAAAAACAACCCAUACAUAAUCACCCACCAGUGUUCUUUUCUCUGCCUGAACUAUUAAAUUGACAAACCAAAAGUGUGACUGGCUCCGGUGCUGUUUGACAUGCAGGACAUCCAGUGACAGGCCAGAAGAGGGCAGCAACGUCUCAAAUAUUCAGAGAGUUUACUGACAUUAAAGUAGCAACGUCCCAAUAUAAAAGUAUACUUCAGUACGA